CAGCAGCAGGAGCAAGGCCCCGCAGCAGCCGCUGUGGAAGCCGCGCUCACGGGCACAGGAGGCUGCAGCAGAUGCAAAGCUAAAGCAGCAGCAGCAGCAGGAAGCGCAGCAGCAGCAGCAGCAAGGGCAGCAGCAGCAGCAGCAGGAUGACGCUUCUGCUGCAGUGCAGGCCACUGCUGCUGUUUACAAAGCGAAGGCGCAGACGAAAGUGGCUGUGCGGCACUUGCACCCCACAGUGACGGAGGAGCAGCUGCUGCAGCAAGUGCCUCCAGAACUCAAGGAGGCCCUCAUAUCUUCUUGGCUAAUACCUGGCCGCACCCUGCAGUGA